AUGUCCGAUGUUUCGGAAGAGACAGCUGCAAAUGAGCCACCGGCACAAUCCUCGCAGAUGCGGUGGGCGUUCAUCGAUGCUUCAAACAACAGCCGAAGCAAUCUCACCCGAGUCAAACGCCAUGUGAUGCAAGAAUAUAUGCGGCAAAAACGCGGUGGCGAGCCGCAGCCAGACAAUGAGAAUGGCGAAUCUGUGAAGGAAAAAGAGGAAUCACAGCCAAAGGUUCGCAGGCGACCGAGGAACAAGAGUGCGGGAAAGAGUACCACCGAGAAGGAGAAGAAGGACCCUGGCAAGGGCCGGAGGAGAAAGAGCCCGGACGCGUCUACAGAUACACAAAUGAAGGUUGUAUCCAUGCGCGAGGAUUCCUUAGGGGAGGGUUCAUCGACAGGAAUUGGAGAGAGUCAUGUCUCAGCAGCUGCAGGCCAGACGAACGCGGAUACGAUCGUCUCUGUUUCAUCCUCCGACUUACCCAGAUUCUAUGCAUCUGGUGACCAGAGCAGCAACUCCGAGUCUGACGGCCGGUCACCGUUGUCCUCUGCCCCAACAACUCCCUACGAGCUAACCCUCUCCCCCAAAUCGAUUCUCAGCGCAGCGCGAACUGACCCUUUCAACACUUUGCCUAUGGAUUUGGAUGCGGAGGGUCGCAAACUCUUUGACUUUUACGUUAACGAGAUGCCGGCUUGCUCUUAUGGCAACCACUUCCGGUCCGCUAAGGCUCAUAACUGGUAUACGGCCGUAUUUGUCCCCGAGGGCAUGAAAGGCCCUGUCGCCUUCCAGAACACGAUUCUCGUCCACGCGGCCAACACAUGGGCCUGGGUCCGGAACGAGGAGGAAACGAAGAUGACUCUGGUCCAUCGUAACCGGGCCAUCUCCAUGCUCCGAGAGCAUCUGGCUGCGAACCCCGGAGACAUCAGCGACGUGGCCAUCAUUGCAUGCCUCAGUGCAGCCGGUUUGGAGGACUUUGACCCCCGGCCCGGACGCAAGCAGAUCAGCUGGAUUCACAUGCGAGCUGCUCGGGAGAUGAUUCGAGCGCGCGGUGGGCCUGCGGCGUUCGAGAACACCCGGCUGGGGAUGUUGAUCAACUGGCAGGACUAUAUUCUGUCGGGCUAUGAAACCCAUGGGCCGAGCUUUUUCUUUGAGCCCAAUCCACCUAUUCAUUCACAACCUGAUAUUACCGAAACUUGCCUACCAACUUCCUCCUGUCUUUCCACCGAUUUUGAUGGCGUCCCUUCUACGGCCCCUCCCUUCUUCCCCAGAGAUGAACUCCAGCACCAAUGCAACGAAUUCAUCGAAUUCCUCAAACGCUGCGAGCAACUCGCCCUCCACCAGCAAACACACACCAACCCGGCCAUCGCACCCAUGCGCCAUACUGCCUUCCAACCCACCUCCCUUCUUUACCAAAUUCUCGCCGCCCCGCCAGGCGUCCGAUUCACCGCCUCAGGCAACCGCAAACAAUUCGUCGCCCGCCUCGUCGCGCUGAUCAUGUUCAACGCCGGUCUAUGGGACUAUCGCUCAUCCAUCGCCCACAGCGAGACCUUCCUGCGCACGCUCGAGCAGGCCGUGCUCGAAAGCGAGGUCAACAUGAGCGGCUCAGUCGAGGCCCUGCUGCAGAUCAUGCUGGAGUGCAACGACGGGAUGGCCACACCCAGCACCAGUCCCGACCUCCCCUCUGUCUUCCUGCUGGAUGAGCUCGAGCCUGCCGCGCCUGAUUUCACGCAGUACUCGCCCACUGCUCGGACGCCGUACCGCCGGCCUUGGUUCGCCGGACGGAUGCUCAAGGUCGCGAAGCGCCUGGGCUACGAGACGUGGAUGCGCGUCAGUGACUUUCUGCUGGGGUGCUUGACGCUGCAGGUGUGGGAGGGCUCGGUUGCCGGGUGGGAGGGGUCCCUCCGGCAGGAGAUCCUCAGUGCGCCGCUUACGAGUUAUGUUAUGCCUGCGUUGAGGUGA